UCCAAACAGAACCUUAGCAGCUUCAGAAAUACAUAGUUAAGAAAACAGAGGGUUUUGCUGUAAACACAACACAAACUCUUCUUCUUCUUCUUCGACUCAUGGGAAGCGCCGCAGUUGAGAAAACAGAGGAGGAGCUCCGUAAGGAGAUCGAUGAACUCCAACGGCAACAGCGCGAGAUUACGGAACGGCUUCGAGACCCUAGGGGACUUCGCAAGGGAGGCUUGGCGGCUGCUGGUCCUCGCAAUUUUGCCGCCAAUGGUGCUCGUCCGCGAGGCUUUACUCGACCCGCAGAUAGGCCUGAUGAGGAUCAACCUCCUGCAAAACGCCGGCUUUCAUCAGCUGUUGUCAAGGUGGAGGAUGGAGAAAUCACUGAAAUUGCUGAAGAGGCCAAGGAUGGGAAGAAGAAUGAUACAAAUGAGGAAGCUAAAGCUGAUCAGAGUGAUAGGAAGUUGUCCAAUUCCCAACAAAGUGGCUGGUCAAAGAGGGAUGGAAAUCACGGAGCAGCAAAGAAGGAUUUUGAAAUUCCAGCACCAGAUCAUGUUCCAAGAGUAUUGCCAAAAGAACAGGAUCCCAGCUUGGUAAACAGGAACAAAAGAAUGCUAGGACAACUUUUGGGGACUCUAGAGAAAUUCAGGAAAGAGGACAUGCAACUUUCAGGAACAGAGGCGUUCAUGCGGAGAUCAAAUUCCUUACAAAGAGCUGAGCAAAGGGCUCGUGAAGAGAGUGAAAGACUUAGGCAACAAGAGCGUGAACAAAUUGCGGAAAAGCGGAGGAGAGAUCUGACUCUGCGGGCACGUGUUAAUGCCAAGACGGAAGAAAAGAGAUUGGAACUGCUUUUUCUUCAGUGGAGUGAGCAUAAUAAAAAACUUUGCAAUUUUAUAAGGACAAAGGCAGAGCCUCCAAUAUAUUAUCUGCCCAAGAAACCAUUGGAUGAGGAUCCUACGUUAGCUGAGCAGCGAAAAGAAAAGGAGUUUCUGGAAUGGAAAGCUGCACGAAGAGAGGAACUGACUGAGUAUCAGAAGCAGAUUGGGGAGCAGUGUAUUGCCAAUGCUGAAAAGGAGUUGGAGAGGUGGCAAAAUGCAAGGAAACCAAGGAAAGCAAACAAUGAUGUGAUGAACUUACAGGAAACAAUGGACAAAGAAUUGGACACACAUAGGCUUGAGCAUGGCCCCAAGAAAAGAAAGAUCCCUGAUGGAAGCAACAACGAUGAAGAUGAGGAUGAUGUGGAAGAUAUCAAUGUAGCAGAGGACUACAUGAUUGAUGAUGUGCUAGAUGUUGAUGAUAACAGCCGGAGGAUUGAUGAAAUAGUUAAACCAGAAGCAGGUAAUACCAGUCCAAAUGCGGAUGCUGUUGAGUAGACCAACCAUAGAACCUCUUUUUGUAAGUCGAGUCUCCUAGGAAUAUUUUAUUUCUGUAGUUCAUUUACUUGCCUCCUGUCAGGCAGUUUCUCUAUUGGUCUGUCUUUAUGUAUUGUGCUUUAGAGUUAACUUAUAUUCCAUUCUUCCCUUUCGCAUGCGUGUGUAUUUCGGAAGGGAAAAAUUUGGUCUUGUAGAUUUUAGUAUAGUUGUUGCUUUCGACUGGGGAUGGAUUAUUUGUUUUUGUUAGUGCAUAUUUUGCAUGGGAAUGAAGUGCACACGGAAUUUUGCCACAAUUUGAAGCUCAA